GCCGUCUCGGAGUAAAACAAGGUGCUUCUCUGAAAAUUAAAUGGAAAAGCCUUUGAACGCAAAUUCCCCAAAGACAUUGAAGCACGAUACAACUCAUGGUCCGUUUGACACUGUGCGGAUGUUGGAAAAACAUGGCUUCUUGCGCUGUGCUGGAAUAUUCGUGCCAGGACUGAGGCGGACUGAGACGUGCACCAUCUCAGGCUAAUCUUCAGCGAAUUCAGCAUCUCCAAUGGCGUUCAUGUCGAGGUUCUCUCGAUCUCGGAGCAGCUCACGGUCCCCGAGUAGAAGAGACUCGGAACGCGGCGCGCCCGUGCUGACCGUGGCUGAGCUCGAGCGGCUCCUGUACACAGGGAAAACCGCCUGCAACCAUGCCGACGAAGUUUGGCCAGGCCUCUACAUUGGCGACCAAGACAUUGCAGCUGACCGUCGUGAGCUGGUGAAGCUGGGCAUCACGCACAUCCUGAACUGCGCACACAGCAAGUGGCGAGGGGGCGCGGAGUACUACGGGGGCAUGAACAUCACCUACCACGGCAUCGAGGCGCAUGAUUCGCCCACGUUCGACAUGAGUGUCAACUUCUACCCAGCGGCUGAGUUCAUUCACAAAGCUCUCAGCACUGGGGGGAAGAUCCUGGUGCAUUGCGCGGUGGGGGUGAGCCGGUCGGCCACGCUGGUGCUGGCGUACCUGAUGAUCCGUCAGAACCUGACCCUGGUGGAGGCCAUCCGGACGGUGAAAGACCACCGCGGGGUCAUCCCCAACCGCGGCUUCCUGAGGCAGCUCAACGGGCUGGACGGCAUCCUACGGGACAGCCGCAAGACCUAAGGAAGGAGGAGCGCCGGAGCCAAACCCGAACCCUCCAAACCCUCUCUCUUCUGCUCUCCCUCUCUCCCCUUCUCUCUCUCUCUCCCUCUGCGAGAUGAGUGUUUUAACUCGUGUAACUGGUUUACUCUUCAGGGGACGUGCUGUUCUGUCAGUCCGACGCCCUGUCUCGUCUUAAACAGGUGUCCGUUCCUGAUGACCGAUUGUGAUUCCACAGACAGGCAUACAGUGGUAAAUGGGAGUUGUCCCAUCACGGCUGAAAGAGUGGAGGGUAUCGAAAUGACUCGGCCAAACAAGUGAACCUGUCAACUUGGGCACUGUCAUCCCCAUAGUUGAUUGCAGGCCACUCAGCAGACGUGUAAGUGAGUUUGUCUCACAAAGAGUUUGUCUUAAUUUUAUACAUAGAAAAGCUUUGCACUUGUUUGGUGCACAGAAUCAAGAUGUAGCAUCAUUUCUUUGUUUCUCAGAGGCUGGGUCACUCACAAAUUGCGGAAACGCCGCUGAAAAUGUUUAGUGAAAGAGCCAAAUUAUAUAGGCAGGCUUCAGCUCUUCGGUCUCACUGUGUGCUCUGGUGCUGAAACCUGUUUACGCGUGCCUGCUGGGUGACCUUGCCAUCCUGGGGAUGUCACAGUGUGACUGUUCCGGAGAAUUCUCAGCAGCUCACGGGUUCAGUCCUCAGCAGACCGACCGGUGCAAUCCACUCUGGCUUUCAGAGGACAUGGAGCACUAUACUGUAGCUCCUUAAAUUUCUUAUUUAAAGCUUCAACUGCCUGGAUUGUGAAGUGCUGAAUUUUUGCAAUGGACAAAUGUAUGUAGGAGGCUUGUCUGUGACUGGUUUAGAGCUGCCUCUCAAUCAGGAAAGCAAUCUCUCUCUCCCUAGAGCAAACUGUAAUGGACUUGCUCGCUCUCUCUCUCUCUUUCUCUCUUUAUCAGUCUUUAUCUUACUCUGUCUCUUUCUUGCUCUCUCUCUCUCUCUCUUUCCCUAGAGCAACCUGAAAUGGAGUUCUCUAGUGCUCUACUGCUGUUACAGUGUGACAGAGUUACUCCACUUCUGCUAUAGUCAGUGUUAGACAGUGUUACUGUAUUCUGACAGAAAGUUACUGGACAGAUACCAAGGAGGGGCCGACAAUGUGGUAAAGGGCCGUUGGACUUUGGGAGUGAUAAAUACCUCAAGCAUCUUCAGUUUGGUGGCCUGCUGCUGCAUUGUGAUUUUGCAGGCUUCUGCUCCUUUUCCAUUUUUUGUCUCGUACAAUAGGAAUCCAGACAGUGUCGUGUAGCACUGAACCGCCGGGUGCAUAACAUAGGCCGGCUCUGUUCAAAUGUAGCAUAUACUGUAUUCCGUAGAUUUGGAUUGUGGCCAAGUGAUUGUGCCCGUGUUGUCCUUUUGGAGUAUUUUAAGUGUUAAAUCUGACUUUGUCCUGUGAAAAAGAGAAUUAGUGCGUAUUUCAGCUUGGGCAUAGACUGCUGUUAUUGUGCAGUGGUGUUCAUCUGGAAAUAGGAAUGUGUACAAUUUAUUCUCUAGUGUAUCCUAGUCAUUAGUCUUUCUCAUUUUGAUUUUCACUUUUCUUAGUCCAGUACCUGUCUUGUGAAAGUUAGUUAUUUUAGGAAAAAUAAUCCUGAAAUAAGCAAACAAAAGCCUUAUCUGGCAUGUAGGUCUCCAUUCUUAUUGCGAGAUACAGUUAACCAUGUACAAUGACGCCCAUGUAAUCAUAAACCUGCAUACGCAUAAAAAUAAACACUUUGGGACAUAUUCACCAGGACUUUUAGUAUGUGCAAAACCUUUUAGCGCCCACAAAAAGACCAGUGAUUGGCCAUUGUAUUUGUUUGCACCAAUGAUAAUUUGUGCUAUUAGUUUUGUGUGUGCUAAAAGGUGUAAAUCGGGCCCAUUGUGCUUACAUUGCGCUUCUUAAAGGUAAUUUUCCCCACUCCUUAUACAGUAUCUUGCAAGAGGCUGAUUACUCCGGCCAACGUUAAACAGCUGAACUGUGAUUUUCAUAUCUGUGAUUACUGUCCAGGCCUUUUUUUUUAGGUACUGCGAGGAGCCAAACAAGGAGUACCGGUAUGUCUUAUUGAAAUGUACACAAGGAGUUUGGGAAUGUUUGAGGAUACUGCAGGUGUUCAAUGCCAGAUGUGUUGUACCAGAUUUGAGUGCUUCCCCUUAAAGUGUUGGCAACUAGUUUGGGAAUAUUUGAGAGUUGAUAGGGAUGUGGAGGUUUGCUUUGUGCACACUCUGGGACUAUGUAAAGGGACUAUGUUGCAUUAACCUAAAUGAUGGACACAUCUAUUGAUUGAUUGACUGAUUGAUUUGAGAUAUUCAGAGAGGUUUCUGAAUAUCUCUGGCUAGGCAGUGGCAGGUGAAGGGCAUUUGGUGGUUUGUGGUCAAUCAGUUAUCAAUGUGCUCGCACAUAAUGCACUUAUCAAUGUGCUCGCACUUACCGCCUUGACCCCCGCAGAGAUGACAUGCACCGUAGGAAAUAGUUACAAAUUAGAAUAAUCAGGUAAUAUACAGAAGUACUAUACCUGGAGGCUUAAUAAUGUUGCUUUGGAGGCACAACAGCCCCUGUUCAAGACCAUUGAACUCAUCAAGCUUUUCAUUGAAGUGUUGUCUUAUACAAUACCUUUAGUAUUGUCCAGAAUAAAAACCACCAACCACACCUGCCCUUCUUGGGUAAGAUUGGGGUUCUCAAAACAAUAUUUUAGGAAGUUCUGAAUUAAACAUUUAUUUGGGGUUAUUUUUAACUGAAACUUCGCACUCCUUUUCAUGUUGGUAAAUGUGGAGUGGGCACAGGAAAGCACUGUUAUAUUAGCCACUGCCCUUCACCUCCUAUGCCCCCGAAAACAAAAAUAUAUGUAAUCAUUCCUACGAUGAUUAUGGUGUUUUAUUUUUGUGAUUGCGUUAUGUGUCAGUUGUGUUUGGACCGUUAAUUGAGAUUAACUGUUUCUGCUGGUGAGUUUUAUGUGUUUGUGUUCACAUACGUGUGCACUUGCUUGCACUGCCUGUGUCAAAGUCAUUUGUGAGAUUACUUUAAAAUAAGAACAGGGUGAGAUGUGUUCAAAAGGCAUGUAAGAAAGCGAAACCUCUUUCUGCAUCAGUCAGAAAGCGCAAAGGCUCUUUUGCAGGUUUAUAUAUGUUUUCAUUAUUUUUUGCCCUUAUUAUUUUACCUUUAUUUUACCAGGUCGUUACUUGAGAUCAAUUAUCUCUUUUUUGAGCAAGAACUGGCCGAAAUGGUAGCACAAGGAAAUAUAUUUCAGCUUGAGCGGACAGUAUUGAAUGGGAUUGGGGGAAGAUUGGGGAAUAGGGUAAAAAAGGAAGGGUAUGAAAGAGGAGGGAAAGGUGAGGCCCGUAUUAUUUAUACAUAUGAAACGGUAUGAGUUUGUGCUUAAUAUUAUCAAGAUCACACACAGUAUGAGUCAAAGGAUGGAUAAAAAGAGGGAUAAAAGAUAAAUGGUAUAGUUUUUGUAUCGUGACAGACCAUUUUGUAGUCAUUUCAAGUAUCCCAUAUGUUUGCAGAAAAAUAACUGGCUCUGCAAGCAAUACACAGAAUAUACCCAUGUGUGCGUGUAAAUUGAAGGUACAAGGACUUGUACAUUACAGAUAGUAUGCUGUCGGUAUCCUGACCUGAAGUGUCUCAAACCCAUUAUGCAAUGGGAGUUUUGCAAUUGUUACAUUCCUGGAUUCAAAAUGUCAGCCAGACAUAAAAGGGAAUCCAUUAGCUGAAUAUUGCUGGAGCCAGAUAUCUGCACUUCCUCUUUCAGUCAAUGGGUGGUGCUAUAGCUCAUAAGCAAGGUCCAGAUUUAAUCAAAAUGUAAUUGUGUCCAAACAAAAGUUAUGAAUUUCACGAGUAUGAUGUUUUUCGUACUUAAACUUUUUUCAGACCAUCAAAAAAGAUAAUUCAUAUUGCUGUGGGAGAAAUAAAAAUUGUAAUUUUGGAUUAAAGUUUGUUUGUGAACAGAACACAAUGUUGCUAGUCAGCUGAAUUAAAUCUUGGAUGUAGAGCCAAACACAGACCAAUACAAUUGUAGAAUUUACCCUAUUGCAAACUUGAGGAUUUUGAGUUGGUCUGGCACAAAGUUGCCAACUCUGUCACUGCACAGAAUAAUUAUAAUGUUAACACCCAGAAGUUGCUGUAGUGCUAACAAUAGUUUUUAUUGUUACUUACAUCUGUAAAACAUUAGUGACAUUGAGCUAACUUGCUCAUUGAACUAUUGUGGUCCCAAAGGAUGCAUGUAGAAAACAUCUUAAUUUUUACCCUCUGGAUAACCACCUUCCCCUGCCCACAGUAUCCUUUGUCCAUAAAGAGUAACUUUCUGAGGGCAAUCCGGCAACUUUUUAGCUCUGAGGAGUUGGCAACAUUUGGCUGAAGAAAAAAGUGACAAAAAAGACAGAUUCCAAAUAGUCUUUUUGUCACCAUUCCACCGUAUUGCAGAAACAAUCUGGUGCAUACUAUCUAGUCAUUUGGUAUUUUUGUGCCAAGUAAACAUAGAAACUACAGAAAUCUGUUUAUACAUUCUUACCUUCCCAUUUUUAACAAAGAACCUUUCUAUAGGAAUACUUGAAUUGUUUUCUAUUGAUCCUUAUUUUUGUAUCACCAAAAACCUGUGGAUUUACUUAAAUGAAACAACAAACGGAGGUGAUCAUGAUGCCUUAACUAAUUACUUUUUAUUUUUAAAGUACAGUGUCCCAAUUCUUUGUUACUUCCAACUAUUUUUGUUGCAUUUUUUAAUGCUUUCUUUUUAAUAACUCUCUGUACUGUUGAAAAUUGUGUGUAAUAAAUAAACUUGCAUUAGCUAUGA